GUUUUUGUGUAUCUGCUAUAUAUAUAAGUACGUGUAUGUUUUUGUGUAUCUGCUAGUAAUUUAUCCGAUUUUUGUCUUAUAUUUAGAAAAAUAGAUGCAAGCAACAAACUUAGGAUUUUAGUUGGAAACUUGGGUUAUUGGGAGACCUUUCAAUGUUUCUAUAACUCAAAAUAAGCUCUAAAUUGUUUGACCGAGCAGCCCAGGAUGUUUGGAUGCAAUUGUAUUGCCUCAAUGAAAGAUAAAAUCUGGCAAAAAUAGAUAUAUUUCUGUUCAAGUGCUCGAAGAAUGCUUUGUGAUUUUAAUGUAAAGCUGUCCAGAGAAGACUGCACUCCUCUAUAGUCCAUCUGUUUUUUUAUUCCUUUACUUACCUUUUUUUGUUGGCAUUUUUUUUUCUCCAGAACAAUUCCUGAAGUCUGAAAUUGUUUCCAGUGGAAUUUGGUUUCGAUUGGCCCGAUUAUGAAAGGAUUGUAUACACGUGUAGUUUGGUUUUAAAGAUAUAAUCUUGGAGAUUUUAGAGUGUUCGAUAUGGAAAUCACCAGUCCUAGAACAGAUACAUCAACAGAUGCUGACACAGAAGAUAAGGAUGGGAGGAUGUAUAAUAUCAACUGUUACUUGCAGACUCUCCGUAGGCUCGCUCAAAAUCGUGAAGCCGCAAGAAAAAGCCGCUUGAGGAAAAAAGCCUAUGUUCAACAGCUGGAGAGCAGUAGAAUGAAAUUGACACAACUUGAACAAGAGCUCCAACGAGCUAGGCAGCAGGGAAUGUUUAUUUCAAGUUCAGGAGAUCAGUCUCAGGCGAUUGCUGGAAAUGGUGCCUUGACCUUCGACGCGGAAUAUGCUAGGUGGCUCGAGGAACACAAUCGACGGGUGAACGAGCUAAGAGGGGCCGUGAACUCGCAUGCGGGUGAUACCGAGCUCCGAAUAAUCUUGGACGGUGUUGUGGCGCAUUAUGACGACAUUUUCAGAAUAAAAGCCGAUGCUGCUAAGUCGGAUGUUUUUCACAUCCUGUCUGGAAUGUGGAAAACUCCAGCCGAGAGGUGCUUUUUGUGGCUUGGUGGAUUUCGUUCGUCCGAGCUCCUCAAGCUUCUCAUAAAUCAGUUGGAGCCGCUGACUGAGCAACAAGUACUUGCCAUCAACAAUUUGCAGCAGUCAUCUCAACAAGCUGAAGAUGCUUUAUCACAGGGAAUGGAUGCUUUGCAGCAGUCUUUAGCCGAGACGUUAGCUGGCUCUCUUGCUCCCUCGGGCUCAUCUGGAAAUGUUGCAAACUACAUGGGCCAAAUGGCAAUGUCUAUGGGCAAAAUAGGAACUUUAGAAGGCUUCAUUCGUCAGGCUGAUAAUUUGCGGCAACAAACUCUUCAACAAAUGCACCGUAUACUAACAACUCGCCAGUCGGCUCGUGCGGUCCUUGCCAUCAACGACUACUUUUCUCGCCUCCGAGCCCUUAGCUCACUUUGGUUUGGGGAUAUGAAUAUGGUGGGGAAAAAUCUUGCUUUGAGAGAUGAUGAGAUGAUAUACAUAUUUGGCAGAGUUUUGUUGUUUACAGUUAAAGUUUCGAAACAGAAGUUCAAGCUGAGAAGAGGAGUCAAAUGGAACCAUCUCAAUGUAGUUGUUGUAAUACUUAUUGUACCUAUGACAAAUUUGUAA